CUUUACUGGGAUAUUUCAGUCUCCUUUCUCUCUCUUCCUUCAUAUAUAAACGCACAAGACUUGAACACAUUACUUUGAGGCUCUUGUGCAUACUGAAAAUUGAAAAAAGCUUUCAAGUUUCAACUUUGAAGAGAGAAGAGAGGUAAAAGAUGGAGAAAGCUCUUAACAGACAGAGGGUUCUGCUUCACCACUUGAGACCCAAUUCUUCUUUGUCUUCUGCAACUCAAACCCAUGAAUCUUCUGCCCUCUCUGCUUCAAUAUGUGCAGCUGGGAAUAGUGCUGCUUAUCAUAGAACAGCUGCUUUUGGAGAUGAUAUAGUGAUUGUAGCGGCCUACCGAACUGCCAUUUGCAAAGCAAAGCGAGGCGGCUUUAAGGAUACUUUAGCUGAUGAUUUACUGGCACCUGUUUUGAAGGCAGUCAUAGAGAGAACAAAUUUGAACCCAAGUGAAGUAGGGGAUAUAGUUGUCGGCACAGUUCUGGCUCCUGGCUCACUUAGAGCCAUUGAGUGCAGGAUGGCAGCAUUCUAUGCUGGUUUUCCUGAUACGGUUCCCAUCAGAACUGUCAACAGACAAUGUUCAUCUGGCCUUCAGGCAGUUGCUGAUGUAGCUGCAUUCAUAAAGGCAGGGUAUUAUGACAUUGGCAUUGCAGCAGGAGUGGAGUGCAUGACAGUUGAUAGCAUUGGUAGUGUCCGUACACUUAACCCCAAGGCUGAAGCCUUUGCACAAGCCCGUGACUGUCUUCUUCCUAUGGGUGUUACUUCUGAAAAUGUUGCACGGCGUUAUGGUGUAACACGACAGGAGCAAGACCAAGCUGCUGUUGAAUCACAUAGGCGUGCUGCUGCAGCAACUGCAUCUGGUAAAUUCAAAGACGAAAUUGUCCCUGUAUCUACUAAGGUUGUGGACCCAAAAACUGGAGAGGAGAGGCGUGUUACAAUUUCUGUGGAUGAUGGCAUCCGGCCAAAUGCAAACAUGACUGAUUUGGCGAAACUGAAGCCUGCAUUUAAAUCAGAUGGGACAACAACUGCAGGAAAUGCUAGCCAGGUGAGUGAUGGCGCUGGAGCAGUACUCCUGAUGAAGAGAAGUGUAGCUAUUCAGAAGGGACUUCCUAUAAUUGGUGUUUUCAGGAGUUUUGCUGCUGUUGGUGUGGAUCCCGCUGUCAUGGGCAUAGGUCCAGCUGCUGCAAUUCCAGUAGCCGUGAAAUCUGCUGGUCUUGAGCUUGGUGAUAUUGAUCUAUUUGAAAUAAAUGAGGCGUUUGCAUCUCAGUAUGUAUACUGUCAGAAGAAAUUGGAACUUGAUUCCGAAAAAGUCAAUGUUAAUGGAGGUGCUAUUGCUUUGGGUCAUCCCUUGGGCGCUACAGGUGCUCGGUGUGUUGCGACUCUAUUGAAUGAGAUGAAACGCCGUGGCAAGGAUUGUCGUUUUGGUGUAAUCUCCAUGUGCAUAGGCUCGGGUAUGGGGGCUGCUGCAGUUUUGGAAAGAGGUGACACGGUUGAUGAGCUAUGCAAUGCUAGAACAUGCAGUUGAAAAUACCAACCUUUGAUGAUAGGUAGAUACAUAGGUUUAUGCUCACGUUGCUGGUUUGAAUAUUUGCUGUUGAUGAUCAAAAUAAAUAGUUUCUGGACAUAUGUUUCUGGACAUAUGUUGUGGCUUAAUUGAGCUCUCUAAAGUAAGCAGAUCAAUCAAAUAUAAUAAUAUGUUUUAUUUGCAUGGUAAUUUGCUAUUGU